AUGUCUUUGACUGCCGAUCCACCAGCAUGCACAGUUCCAGCCGCCGGAGGCUCGUCCACUCACAAGUUGGUCAAUGCUGGAGCCGAUAAACUUAUCUUCAAGGUUGGUGAGGGCUCGGGGACUUUUCAGUGAAUUUUUGAGCUGAAAUUCCGGACUUUCAACCCAAAAAACUGAAAAUUUCUAGAUCAAAUCGUCGAACAAUGCUGAAUACCGUAUCACUCCAGUCUUCGGAUUCGUCGAUCCAUCUGGCUCAAAAGACAUUGUCAUCACCCGUACCGCCGGUGCACCAAAAGAGGACAAAUUGGUUGUUCAUUUUGCUCCAGCUCCAGCCGAUGCCACUGAUGCUCAAGCUGCUUUUGCAUCAGUUCAACCAGCCGGAACUGUCACUAUUCCAAUGUCGGCAACUGCUUAG